AUGAUGGGAGACGGCAUGAUAAUAGGUCUGGAAGAUGAGGAAAGAGAACUAAUCAAAACUCUGAUCAAGCGACCAUAUAAUCCAUUUCCUGAUAAGAUUGCCAUCACCCCCAUCAUCGGCAUGCCUGGCCUCGGGAAAACGACCCUGGCCUGGAAGGCUUAUAACAACGAGGAAAUCCAGCGAGAGUUCCCCACCCGAAUAUGGGCCUCCGUCUCUCGAGAGUUCAACCCGAGAACCAUCUUUCUCGGCAUCCUCCACGAGUUCACGAGCAAGGACAUGUCAGCCGAGACAACCUCUGACCUGGCAAAAGCUAUUCGUGCUUCUCUACAAGACAAGAAGUUCCUUUUGGUCCUGGACGAUGUAUGGACUGCCAAGGCAUUGUCUACCAUCAGGUCUGCCUUGCCAGAGGACAACGAGAGGAGUCGAGUCCUUAUCACCACCCGCAGUCAGAAAAUCUUCAACCGGAUCGAACAUUAUGAUUAUCCCCAUAGGCUGCGUUUCUUGACGAAUGACGAAGGUUGGCGACUUCUCCAGUUCAAACUAUUAGGGAAGGAUGGGCAGUUUCCUUCGCAGCUGCAAGGGCUGGGAAGGCAUAUAAGUCAACGAUGCCGAGGAAUACCGAUGCUGUUGUUGAUGAUAGCAGGGAUUCUUAUGGACUACGUCUCGAAAGCACAAACAAGUGUUGCCCUCGUGAAGUCGUGGAUAGAGCUAUCCCAUAGCCUGGACAAGUACACUCUUGCAGGAUCCGAUGUUUUCAGGAGUGUUUUGGAAUUGAGUUAUGAUAGGAUGUGUGAGGAGUUGAGGGACUGCUUUCUUUAUUUUGGGGUGUUCCCCGAAGAUUAUGAGAUCCCGGCUUGGACAUUGACCCGGUUGUGGAUUUCCGAGGGGUUCGUUCGACCUAGGCAGGGACAGAGCUUGGAGGAGAGAGCACGUGAGAACCUAAUGGAUCUCAUCGACCGCAACUUGGUCAUCGUUGAUAAACUUAAAAGCAACGGUGAGGUCAAGACGUGCCGGAUUCAUGACACAGUGCACGACUUUUCUAAAGCGGAGUCCAAGGAGAAAGAGCAUCUUUUCCAAGUAUUGACAAAAAAUGCCGAUGGAACUUUUAACUAUCAUUCUCAAAAUAUGGCCCCACUGAACAAUCAGCACCGCCGUAUUUGCAUUCAUUCCAAUGUCCUGGAGUUCUUCUCUCCAGAGCCGUACGCCCCAGCCACUCGUUCUUUCCUUUCUUUCUCCGGAGAAGAAAUCGCCUUGCCGACCGAGGACAUCCCGAAAAUCCCGGGGGCCUUCGAGUUGGUGAGGGUUUUACAUGUGAAGCCCCUCGUGUUCAGAAUAUUCCCCCUCGGGCUGACUCAACUCAUGCUUCUCAAGUACGUGGUCCUGUCUAGUGACUUCAAAGUCCUUCCGGAAGCCAUUUCCAGGCUAAGCAACGUGAUGACUCUCGUAAUCCAUACAUCGUCCCGUACUUUGGCAAUCAAAGCCGAUAUUUGGAGCUCGAUGGCCCAGUUGAGAGACUUGAAGACGAAUGCAUCCAUUACUCUGCACAAAAAACCAGCAGCUGGCAAAAACAAAGGAGGCCAACAUCUUCAGACGCUGGCCAACAUAUCACCGGGUGAUUGCACCCUCGACUUGUUCGAGCGGGCACAUCACCUCAAGAAAUUAGGCAUUCGGGGGAUACUUGCCACCAUGAAUUUUGACAACUUAAGAGUAUUAAAUGACCUUGAGAAUUUGAAACUGCUGAAUGAUGACAUCCAUGAUCUCUUGACCCCACUCAGCCUUCCUCUACCAGAAAAUUUCCCCCCGAAACUUAGGAGCUUGACGCUAUCUGCCACUUUUCUCAGUUGGGAGCAGAUGUGUGUCCUAGGAAUGCUGGAGAAUCUGGAGGUGCUCAAGCUCAAAGACAACGCGUUCGUGGGUCGGUGCUGGGAGGUGGGCCCCGGUGGUUUCCGUAGCCUUGUAGUGCUGCACAUUGGCUACACGGACAUAGUUUCUUGGGAAGCUUCUGAUCACGGCUUUCCUAAGCUUAAAUGCCUAAUGCUUAGAAACUGCGAGGAACUUGAGUCGCUGCCCCAAGUGCUUGUAGAUAUACCCUGCCUCGAGACAAUGGUCUUGCAUCGUCUAAGCAAAUCGGCUGUGGCUUCAGCUAGAAAAAUCCACCAGCAAAUACUGGACAACAGAGUGGACUGUGGAGGCGGCAGGGGAAUAAAGCUUUCGAUAUUUCCUCCUUAUGAAUGA